AUGAGCGCGUGUACAUUCGAGAAAAAGAAAGCUACGAAAUGGGCGAUCAUAAAUCAAGACUCACAGUUCUAUUUGAUAGGUGUUAAAGAUAAAGAACUUGUUGUACAAGCAGAAGGACUCGUUAAAGAAGUAAUUCGAACAAAAACAGGAGAUGGAAUUUCUGUAAUCGGCUUAAAUGGCAAACCGAUAUGCAAGAAUCUUGUUUUGAAGGAUCCACAACAUAUCCUUUCAUGGAUCAGAUGUAUGAAUGAUCCAAUUCCUUUUUAUAAUUUUAUGUCAUCAAUUAUCGAGCCAUAUCCUGACCAAGUUUAUCAGGCAAUAUAUGCUGCAGUCACACAUUCAGAUUUUGUUUAUGUUCGUACUCUUUUUGAACUUGUUCCUCCAGAUCAUCAACAAUCUUUGAUUCUCAUGAGAUCUUUAUUCAACAUCUUCUGCUAUGCAGGCAAAAUCAACCAAUUCUAUCAACUUGUUGUUUUGAAGUUCUUUGAGUCCAAUCCUGACAUCACAGCUCCAUAUCAUCUGAAAAAUCUUGUUAAUGUUGUUUUCAUGAAGAGCUGUGGCAAUUAUAUGAAUUUCAUGAAGACACUUGUUAAAUAUAUUGAUGAUUCCAAUGUCAAUGUUGAUGAUAAAUCAUCAAUUGACAAAUCUGUUGUUUUAUUAACGACAGUGAUCAAGAUUAUCUCACAGAGUUACAUCUAUGUAUCUCCUGAGCUCCACCACCUCCUAAGUAUUGUUAAAGAAGUCGCUUCUUUGCAUCAUAAUAAUCUUGGUUCGUUAUAUGAUUUGAUUUCGGAACUUUUCUUGCUUGGUCCUGUUUCAGAUAUGAUUCUGAACCCAGAAGCAAUCCUCAAAGUCCAAGUCGCCCAUAAAGAAAUUUUCAAACCAUUAAUUCUUCAGUUGAGAAAGGUCUUUAGGCUUGGAUUACUCGACCGACAUCUUUCUGAUAUCAAUGACAGACUGGAGAAGCAUACGUACGACAAGCUUUUCGAAUUCAUUAUGUAUAUUUCUGAUUUCGAUUAUGAGAUCUUGCCGGACUACACAGAAGGAAUGACGGAAAUCUCCAGGUUGGCACGCGAUAUUGAUGUUAUCUUUGUUGCCAUCACGAAACUCGGCGCGCAUUUCUCAAAAGCUCUAAUUAGAACUGAUAGAGAGCCAUAUUCGCCAUGUGGCUACAAUUUCAUUGUUCUUCUUUCCCGUUUCUUUGUUCAUUGGAACGACCCUGAAGUUCUCAGAGCUCGUAAUACGAAACUUCUUCCAGCAGAAGCUGUUAUUGACCGCGAUGGAACUGUUCGAAGAAUUGUACCAAUAACUCCGGACAUGGAACUCAAGCCUGGAGUAAAAAUGUACAAGAAAAUCAAACGUCCUGACAAUAUCUUGAUUAAUGAUGUUGUAAAACCAAAUGACGGAAGUCCAAGAAAAGGAAGCCCCAGAAUCCUCAAGAAAAUUAAAAAUGCUGACUCUGAAAAGAAGCCUGGUUAUGUAAUAAAGGUGGAAAAAUCUGAUAAGAAGAUUGACACGCGCCAAAGAGUUAUUGCAACGGAAGUGUAA